AUGGGAUCACCUCAAGCUAGGGAGUGGGAGCAAGCAAUGAAGGAAGAGAUCAGCUCUCUGAAGGAGAAUGAUACUUACGAAUUAUCAACUUUACCAGAAGGUAAAGCUUCAGUGGGGGGAAAAUGGGUGUACACAACCAAACAAGAUCAGAAUGGCAUAGAGACCUUUAAGGCCAGAUAUGUAGCGAAGGGUUACAGCCAGGUAAAGUGUAUAGAUUAUCAAGAGACGUGUGUCCCGAUAUCCAGUAUUACUUCAAUUAGGGUCUUAAUGCAGUUAGCAGUAAAACAUGAUCUUAUUGUCCACCAGAUGGACGUUAAAACUGCAUAUCUGCAUGCUCCCAUUACUCAAGAGUUAUACAUAGACCAGCCACAAGGGUUUAAAGAGGUUUCAGAGAUUGGUGAGAGGUUAGUAUAUAGGCUAAAGAAAUCGCUAUAUGGUCUAAAACAAUCAGUUAGAAAUUGGAACAUAUUGUUACACGAGCAUUUAGCAAAUGACGGUUUUGUCAGAAACCAUGCUGAUCACUGUGUAUAUAAGAAACAUGUAAUUGAUGAUAAAAUUGUUAUCGUUAUUGUUUGGGUUGAUGACCUAAUUAUAGCUUCAGGUAGUAUGCAGUAA